AAAUGAGUAUAUAAACCGCCUGUAACAUGUGGUAGUUUGUCAGUUUUAAAUUACAACUCUCUCCGCGACAAUUGUAGAAAUCAUGAACGUAUUCACCCGUUGCUUAAUAGCUGUUACGGUCCUAAGUGUCAUCCUACUGGAACCGAUCGCGGCCGAGGAAUGUGACUGCGUAAAGCCCUGCCCGCAUAUCUACGAUCCAGUUUGCGGCACAAAAGAUGGACAAACUUACCGGCAUUUCGCGAAUCGUUGCAUGAUGGAAGCACAAAACGAAUGCGACUGCAACACUGCCGGAGAAUACCUGGAAACAUCGUACAGCAACUGUGGCAGUGAAGAUGACAACUGGACUGAGCCAGACUAUGAAUAGUUAAAUUUAUUGAGUGAUUCAUAGGUAAUAAAAGCUCUACAAACGCCAAA